AUGAUCAUCAGCUUCACCAUCCGCCCGUGUGCUCCAUUGCUUUGCACGUUAAGUCGAGGCCUCAUACAGCAGCGAUUGCGAGUGGAUCCAUUGAGAACUGUACUUGUUCGUAUGCCCCAGCAGCAAUCAAUCGCCCGGUUUUUCGGAUCGCUGGCGAGCAACUCUCAACCCAAAAAGUCAACGCCGGAGCCGUCCCAAUCGCCAGCAAAGUCCCCAAAGAACUCUCCGAAGAAGUCUCCAAAGAAAUCACCCGCUGGUCUGCCAAAGAAACCGGCUUCAAAAUCAUCUGUUGAUUCGUCAAAGAGAAUUGCAGCAAGCGAUGAUGAUGCAGACGAAAAGGUUGUUAAAGCACGCAAACUAGGCAACAGGGCUGCUGCACAAACCCUUCCUGAAUCAGACUCUGAGCUGGAACAAAAGUCCCCGCUUCUCANGCCUGAGGACGCUGUGUCCACGGAGGAGGCUGCUAAGUUGAUCAAGCUCGCGCAAAACCAGGCUUCUCAGUCAAUCACCACAUCAUCAAACAAGCUUCCAUAUGCCAACUUGACUCAAGUGUUAGACAGAGUUGGUGCCACGUCGCUGAGACUCGAAAAGACCGCCAUUUGUCUGCAGUUUUUCUUGGAUACAUUAAAUCAGUCGACCCCGGACAUGCUCACCAAAGUGCUCUACCUUUGCAUCAAUCGACUAGGACCCGAUUACGAGCCAGAACUCGAGUUGGGGCUUGGUGAGACUUUGUUGAUCAAAGCUAUUCACGAAUGCUAUGGGAGAUCGACGGCCAACAUCAAGCUGGACUACAAGAAGUUGGGCGACUUGGGUACAGUCGCACAGAAAUCACGUCUGGGUCAGCCCACCAUGUUCAAACCGGCGCCGUUGGAUGUGGAGGGAGUGUUCGAAAACCUCUCCAAAAUCGCCAAGACCAAGGGGUCUGAUGCUCAGAAUCGGAAGGUGGGUAUCAUUAUCAAGAUGUUGACGGCUUGCGAUGCCAACCUGAGCGAAGCCAAGUUUCUUGUUCGUCUGCUCGAAGGUAAGCUUCGAAUUGGGCUUGCGGAACAAACCGUGCUUGUAGCGUUAGCGCAAGCUUUUGUGAACUAUGAGCAUGGAAAAGGACAGUCUGCCGGGAAAAAGGUUAACCCAGACGAACUAACACGAGCUGAGGAGAUAUUUAAAGAAGCCUUCUCGCAAACCCCCAACUACGACAUGGUUAUCCAACAUGCCUACGCUCACGGCUGGCGCAACUUGCUCGAUCACUGCAAGCUCACCCCUGGUAUACCUCUCAAACCGAUGCUUGCCAAGCCCACCAAAGCCAUUCUGGAGGUGUUGGACCGGUUUCAAGGUGAAGAGUUUACUUGCGAGUACAAGUACGACGGUGAGCGUGCUCAAGUGCAUUUGCUUGAAGAUGGCCUGGUGCGGAUAUACCUGCGGAAUCUGGAAGACAUGAGUCAGCGGUACCCUGACUUGGUGGCGAUCAUGAAAGAACUCAUUGCCACCGCCAACGUGAAGCUGGUGGUAUUGGAUUGCGAAGCUGUGGCAUGGGAUCGCGCCAAUGACAAGAUUCUUCCCUUCCAGGUGCUCUCGACCCGGAAGCGGAAGGACGUCAAAGAAGGCGACAUCAAGGUGAACAUUUGUCUCUUUAUGUUUGACAUGUUGUUCUACGGCGGCGAACCGCUCAUCACCAAAUCCCUUGCUGAGCGACGCAAGAUGAUGGUUGAUCAUUUGACCCCCAUUCCUGGUAAGCUCCAAUUUGCCUCCGCCAAGGAUUCGCAGUCGUUGGAUGAGCUCCAGGCGUUUUUGGAUCAGCUGGUAAAGGAUCUGUGUGAAGGUCUCAUGGUGAAGAUGCUUCACGGGACGGAUCUGUGGUAUGAGCCUAGUAAAAGACUGCGGAACUGGCUUAAGCUUAAGAAAGAUUAUCUUGCCGGUGUUGGCGACUCUCUUGACUUAGUUGUCGUGGGCGCUUACCAUGGUCGUGGUAAACGGACCGGUACCUAUGGUGGAUUUUUGCUUGCGCUGUACAAUCAAGAUCUGGGAGAAUACGAAACGACCUGCAAAAUUGGCACUGGAUUUUCAGAUGAGAUGCUCACCGAACUAUACACAAAGCUUCAGCCAACCGAGAUUGAACAGCCAAAGUCGUUCUAUGUAUACGACACGAACAAUAGCAACGCCAAACCAGAUGUCUGGCUUGAGCCCACCACCGUGUUUGAGGUACUCACGGCCGACUUGUCGCUUCUGCCGGUGUACAAAGCCGCGCACACUGAGUACGGCAAGGGCAUUUCACUCCGGUUCCCUAGAUUUAUUCGCAUACGGGAUGACAAAGGGCCCGAAGACGCCACCCUGUCUACGCAAGUUGCUGAAUUUUACGAACGUCAAGCCAGCGUUCAAUAG